AUACAACCAAUAUUCAUUCACAAUAUACAAUUUCUUCAUUUUCUUCUCCUACAUUCUUGCUCAAACUCUCUUUAGUAUAGAUUAUGGGUAUCAAUUAUCCAACAAUGGUGCUCUCGUUGAGAGGUUGAACACAAUCAAGUGAGAAAACCUCCCCAAAUAACCAAAAAUCAUUCCAAUCACAACAAAACCAGCCAUAAACUGUUCUGGAAAUUGCAAAAAAAAGAACGACGAGAUGAAUCUGCCACUUCAGACCGGAGAGGUCCCAGCUCUGACCGGAGAAUGGUCAUCGUCCAAGCCAUCGCCUACCGCCGCACCUGGCCUAGGAACAAACGCGGAGGUCGCCGUCAAGAUCUCACGUGCCCUGCUUCAGGACACGUCACUGCUCCGGAUCUGAUUCUCCAAGGAUGGUCUGUCAUCAAUGGCCGCCUGGGAUCACCUAGAAGAGAUGAACGAUCCCGCGUCCAGUUUCUCCACCUUCGCCACAGUGACAAUAGACGCUUGAAGUUUGCUUCUCCGCCCAUUCCUCCACCUCAGUCCCAGCGCCGCCCAGCUCCUGGCUGCUCCGCCGCGUCUCCGGUCGCCAUCGCAGAUCGAAGGUUGGAGCCAGGUCCAGGACUGGCAUCUUCAUGGUCACCUCGGUUGCUGGAGCUCGGCCUCAAACAUCUUCCAUUAAUGGCCACAACGAGCUCCCGGUGCAAAGCCUCCAGUCCAAAUCUCGCCGGAGGCAGGUCAACGUGGCACGAAACAGCUUCUGUUCCGGCGAGCCCUCUUCCACUCUCCGACGACGACGACCAAAGAUAUUACCAACAACGGUCCGAGCAGGCGACAUUUGAGCACGAGGACCGGCAGUGCUCGAUGAUGGAAGGGGUCGGAGGCCACUUCCUUCUGACCGACGGCCACCAUCUGCCUCUCUCGCCUCCAUUUCCGGCGGCAGAAAAGGUGGGGCGCAUCCUCAGACUGUCCUUGCCCUGCCGCGACCACAAUUUCCACCGGCAGGAAUUGACCCGCAUGUGCGGACUGCAUCUGGGUUGGUAGAAAGGCUCUUCAUCUGCCUUUUCCAAAAGAUUAGCUCCGCAGAAGUGCUUUGGUCUCAAGCUGACCACGUCGGCAAGAUUGAAGCAAAGAAAUGAAAGGCCAAUUUCCUUUCAAGCUUAAACCGAGGGCAGCGUAUUUUUUUUGACAGAAUAAUUGGGAUCUUUGGCUCUUGCAAGGAUGUGGGAAAUUUUGACCAAGUCAAAAUUGCAAAAAGGGAAUCCAAUCAAUUUCAAAAUUGAUAGCAGUGGGUUACACUACAUGUUAUCCAACUGAGCUUUUGAACGGGCCCAAUUUCAACAUCAGCCCAAUAUUUUAGCCCAAGCAGUCCAAUAUUUCAGCCCACUUCAAAAAGAUAAGUACUCUUUAAUUUUCAUAUUAUUUAUUUUUAUUUAAGUUAAUUUUUUGUCGGGCGAGCAUCACACUAUCACGCACUUAUGAUCAAAUACCUAGUAGAGUGUGGCUUGAGACCCAUCACUAGGAUUUAAAGCCCUGACUCCUUAGGCACAAAGCUCUGUCUCCUCAGGCACAAAGCCCCGACCAAGUCGGGCAUGAAGACAAAACCCCGACCAAGUCGGGUACGAAGACCGGUCUUAGUCAUUCCUCGAGUGGCGACCGUUGCUUACGAAUGGCUCACACAUCCAUUCUACUAAGUAUUUUAUCAUUACAUUAACAAUUCACAUCUCCACUUGUUUCAAGUGACGAACUCCCGAUCGGGAACAUAAAUCCCAAGAAAUUUUUUUUAUAUGUAUGAUAAAUGUGUAGGUACGAAGAUGACUUUACUCAUUUUCACCUCGUCUCCAGUCGCCUCAAAGAGUAGGGACUGGGGGACUGAGGGGUCAGAGUUUCUAGAUGAGCAGAAAAUAUCACGCAAGAGCAGGAACGAGAGCUGAGUCAGUUGAAGAGGAGCUGAGCUAGAUUGAUUAUGCCGGAGGGGAUUUACCUUCCUUGUUUCAUGUUGGGGGCGCUAGGUGUACUCUUUUUCCCUUUAUUAGGAUUUUUUCCCACUGGGUUUUUCCUAGUAAAGGUUUUUAACGAGGCACCUCCCCAUAAUGGACAAGGGUGGUGGUCCCCCGGCCGAAGAGGAAGAACAUUGCAGAUACAGUUUGGACUACUCCCUUUCGCCUCGAGUACUCUCGACUCAGGGAGUGGGGGACUCCUGAUGGAUUAUAUGGACUCCGACCCCCCCAGUAUGCCGACUACUAGGCCUGGACAGCGGCCCACACACGUUUAGCGGAUAUCAUUAAUAUUAUUGUACAUUAUUAUUAUUAUUAUUAUUAUUAUUAUUAUUAUUAUUAUUAUUAUUAUUAUUAUUCAGAUGUUCUAGAUUAACUUUUUAUACUAUCAGUCCAUUUGUGUAACCGGGUCUGUCAGGUCCAUAUUAGAGGCCCAGACCCGGAUUUUCCCUAUAUAUACUCCUUAUAGGAGGCUUGUAACUCAUACCACCAAUAUUCAUUCACAAUAUACAAUUUCUUCAUUUUCUUCUCCUACAUUCUUGCUCAAACUCUCUUUAGUAUAGAUUAUGGGUAUCAAUUAUCCAGCAGUAUUAAAGAGUGUAACAACUUUAUAUUGUGUUGGACACUUGGAGGGAGUAUCUUAUUUGAAUUUAGUAUUGUAUCUUUUGCCUUCACACAAUUUUAGGUUAGCUAAGAGAAGAAUAACAAAAAUUUUACUUUAUAGGUACUUGGAUCAAUUAGGAAUGACAUCAACCUUCAACCACAAGGUGUACUGCAGACAAGCUUUGAUUGGUGGAAACUAUGCUCUGCUGAACACAACAACUUUCAUCCCAAAUCCAGAUUACUAUGGUGCCCUCUUGUGGAAUCGCUUGAUGGGCAAGAAAGUAUUGGCUGUAUCCCACAAUAGCUCUCCUUAUCUCCGAGCUUACACUCAUUGUUCUAGACAUGGAAGCGGAGUAGCUAUACUAUUGAUAAAUUUGUCGAACUCCACAACCUUUGAGGUCUUCCCCAGAAAUGAUAUGAAUUUGUACCCUGGAAAUGACAUGAAUCCUGGGACUCCUCAAAGUCUUCAAAGUACUGACAAUAUGCCUGAGAGGGAAGAAUACCAUCUGACCCCAGAAGGAGGGAACAUCCAGACUGAUGCUGUUCUACUAAAUGGAACUCCAUUGAAGCUCACCAAAGACUAUGAUAUUCCCACUUUGAACCCAAAAUUGGUUGACUCUACCUUACCCAUCACUGUUCAACCUGAUUCCAUUGUCUUUGCCACCCUUAAAGGCUUUAAAGCCCCUGCUUGUGCUUAGAAAGUAUCAUUUCUGUUAUUUUGCUUAGCUUAGGUUUUAUUUGUUUCUCAGUAGCUUGAACCAUAAACCAUUAGCAUUUGUUUACAUUUUUCUAUUGCUUAAUUUUGUUAAUUAGUCAAUGGAAUGAAGAAACAUUUUAGUAUCA